AUGUCGGGACCACCAGUCCCAAAACCACGCACCAAAUUCGAUCCAAAAAUCGCGGAAGAACCGGAAGCGGAAGCGGAAAACGCGGAAAAUCAAAAAGUCGAGCAGGAGCUCAAAAAAACCCCGCCAAAAUUGCCGCCACGUCCUCCUGCACCCGCAAAACCGCCACGUCAGCAAGCCGCACCGCACAGACUUAGCGAUCUGAUUCCGCAUCAGACGUCACCGCCUCCCAGACAAGCUCCGCCCCCUCCACCUCCUUCUGCACGGCCUGUUGUACCGCCUGAAGUUGGAUGGCUGCCAGAAGUUUUGGAGGAAGCGAAAAAAGUGGACGAGAUUAUGAGGUAAGGGGUUUUUUGGGGGGCAGUGUGAAUUUUGACGUCAAAAGAUCCACGUGGAUUUUUUUUGCAAUUUUUUGACACCAAAUAUACCUAGGGUUACUGUAGAAAAACUACAGUAAUCCUAGAUUUUCUGGGAUCAAAAAAGUUAGUGUUUUUUGACACCAAAUAUGCCUAGGGUUACUGUAGACAAACUACAGUAAUCCUAGAAUUUCUGAGGUCAAAACAUUUCCUGUUUUUUGACAUCAAAUAAACUUAAGGUUACUGUAGAUUUUGACGUCAAAAACUACAGUAACCCUGGAUUUUUUAGUGCUGGAAAAUAAGCGGUUUUUUGAAAAAGCUCAACAUUUUGGCUCUAAAGAUCCACGUGGAUUUUUGGCUCCAAAACCUACAGUAACCCUAGGCAUGUUUGGUCUCAAAAUGCUCGGAAUCCCACGCCAAAACCUACAGUACCACAAUAUUUUUCCAGUCGCCCGCUUCCCGCCACUCCCAUCGAAGUGCUAACCAUCGAAAAUCCGAUGUACCUGUCACUCGAAAAAUACCGUACUCUAUCGGGUCUCACACCGACUUCUGAUGAAGUCGAACAAUUGAGAGAGUGGCUGAGCGAAGAAGAUCUAGAGAAGUCAGAGGAAGAGAAGCCGAGUUCUUCUAACUCAAAUUCGAAUUCUCUGGCAAGUCCGAUUCCAGUUGAAGUCAGACAUCCGGAAGUUCAGGAUAAUCCAUAUACACCGUGUCCAAGAAGGUAUGUUCCUUUAAAUUUUGAGGGGGAAUGGUACUUUGGAGGGUGACUGUGAAUUUUCUGGGGAUUUUAAAGGAACAUACCGUAUACAUAUUUUAUUAUCCAGAAUUUUUCAACACAAAAUUUUACAAUUCUAGAUUGAUAUGAGCAAUGCAGUUGUCUAGUUUGAAAGAUUUGGGUUUUUAAAGGAACAUACCGUAUCAUUAUUAUCCUGAUUUUGUUGAAUUUAGAGCUACGAAUUCUCGAUUUUUUAAUUUAGCUUAAUUUUAUGGAUAAAAAUAAGAAAUCGUCAUUUGGGAGUUACUCUAAAUUCUAGAUUUUUUAAUUUAGCUUAAUUUUAUGGAUAAAAAUAAGAAAUCGUCAUUUGGGAGUUACUCUAAAUUCUCGAUUUUUUAAUUUAGCUUAAUUUUAUGGAUAAAAAUAAGAAAUCGUCAUUUGGGAGUUACUCUAAAUUCUAGAUUUUUUAAUUUAGCUUAAUUUUAUGGAUAAAAAUAAGAAAUCGUCAUUUGGAAGUUACUCUAAAUUCUCGAUUUUUUAAUUUAGCUUAAUUUUAUGGAUAAAAAUAAGAAAUCGUCAUUUGGGAGUUACUCUAAAUUCUCGAUUUUUUAAUUUAGCUUAAUUUUAUGGAUAAAAAUAAGAAAUCGUCAUUUGGAAGUUACUCUAAAUUCUCGAUUUUUUAAUUUAGCUCAAUUUUAUGGAUAAAAAUAAGAAAUCGUCAUUUGGGAGUUACUCUAAAUUCUCGAUUUUUUAAUUUAGCUCAAUUUUAUGGAUAAAAAUAAGAAAUCGUCAUUUGGGAGUCACCCCAGAAUAUCCCAAGCCCAAAUGCCCAUUUUUCAUUUUAGAAACGAGUUCCCAACCUCCUCAACAACUUCAAUUUCGUCAAAAACCUCUCGAAAAUCCCAAAAUAUCUAUGUGUCUCACAACGAAUUAUUUUCGCCCGAAAAACCCGUCGUCGAAAGUUGCAACUCCUCAAUUUCCUGUGAUUUUUCACCGGAUUUCGAUCCCGAGCCACAAAAUUUGCAAAUUUCACAUCCUUAUGUGAAUAUUGGUGAGUUUUCGCGCCAAAAACCCUCAUCUUCCCAAAAAAAUGAAUUUUUCAGCAGAUUCUGACGAAAAAUCGGGUGAAAAUGUGUCGUUUGUUGGAUUUGUGACGUUUUUGAGCAGUGUGAGUUGGAUUUUCAUUUUGAAGCUCCAAAAAAUGCCACGUGGCAAACAAUUUUCAGAGAAAAAAAAAUGAUUUUUUUGCAGUUCCGAAAAGAAAAACGUGUGCACUGCCGCCUCCGAAAUCUCCAAAUCAGUUUUCACGAAGACGAAGAGACUAGCGAUUUUUAUUUGGGACCAUUUGAUAUCAAGGAUAUCUAUACUUUCAGAAUUUUGAGGAAAAAAGCUGAAAAUGGUCAUUUUAUGGAUAUUGGUGAGUGAAAAUUGAAGAAUUUUCGAAGUUUUCAAGGCGAAAAACAUAUAUUCAUAGUUUUUCGGGGUUUGGAGAAGAAUUUUCUAGGUUUUUCUUCUUGCCAUCUUUAUUCUCAAGAAUUUGCCAACUUUUGCAGCAAAGAUUGUGAAAUUUGGUUAAGUAUGAACGAUUUCAGCAUUUUUUGUGAAAAAACGAAAAAUGUUUUUGAGGUUGCAAAAAAAUUCACAAACAUCGUGUUGUCUGGCGUCUCUCUUACGUAUUUCUAUCUCUCAUUUUCUCACCUUCUCUUCUCGUCUCUUCUACACACAACACUCUCUCUCGUUUUUUCUUUUUUUUCGGGAAAUCUGGAAAUUUCACGAUUUUGCACAAAGAACAUCAUAUAUGAGAAGACAGAGAAUGACAAGGAGAAGGCAGAAAAUUAAGAAUAAGAUUUUAAAAUUUAACAAAAAAAAACUUAUCCCAAAAUUUCAGCUCAAAAAACCUAAAUUUACACAUUUCCAGCCUAAAACCUACCCAGAAACCUAGAAAUUCAAGCUCAAAAUUUUCCAGCCUCAACAUCUUCACCAUCUUCAUCUUCUACCCACCAAAUCGACACCAUCCAAAUCUUACACCUCGAAAAAAAGCUACAAUUCACACCCGAAGACCCCGCCGCCCUCUGGAUGCUCCUAAUUUCCGAAGCCUGGUGCCCACCAAAAUUCCCCAAACCACCAGGAGAUUCUUCAAUCUUCGGGAGACUUUGGAUACGACAAGGAACUGCUGGUGAAUGGGCGCCCGCUAUUGCCGGAGUCUUUGGGCGAACCCUUGUUUAUAGCCUGGAGAGGAAGCGGCUUUCGGGACCACUUAGCACAACUCCUGUGGAAUCAGUUGAAGUGGAUUUGAGAAAAGUGACGACGAUUCAGGAGAAAUUGGAUAAGUCGCUGAGAUUCUCGAGUCCUGAUUCAAGCUCAGCGAAAUCGAAGAGAGGAGCUUUUAGUUUGAAUAUUGUUGGGAAGGAUGAAUCACUUUUUAGGUGAGGAACAUUUUGGGAAUUUCAGCCUGAAACUCGGCUGAAAAUUCUAGAUUUUGAACUGAAAACUCAAGAUUUACAUGUAUAUUUCAGGCUGGAAAUUUGGAUUUCUAGGCUAAACUUAACCUGAGAAAAACAAGAUUUUGAGCUGAAAAUUUGAGCAUUUUAGGCUGAUUUAAAGCUGAAAAUUCGGUGAUUUCCAGGUGAAUUUUGAGCCGAAAAUUAGAGAUUGAAAAAUUUAGAAAAAUUCAUGAAAGUUUCAAAAUUUCAGACGAAAACCAAUUUUCGGCUGAAAUUUUCGAGUUCAGAAAAUUCAGUUUUAAAAAAAUUCUGAGAAAUUUCAGAUUUGUGCGCUAAAAAAUCCACGUGGAAUAUUCAAACUCUCAAAAAUUUAAAAAAAAUUUGACCAAAAUCAAAAAAAAAAUUGAUAAAACAAGUUUUCCCAAUUUUUAGGUCCUAUUUCCUAGAAGCUAAAGACGAUAAUUCCACUCAAGCAUUCUACGAAAACAUCUUUCAAACAAUCCAUCAAAGAUCAAAUCACGAAACACUCGAAGAAUAUCGGCUAACUUCAGAUGAUAUUCCUGUUUUGGUUGAUAAAUGUUUGAGAUUUGUUGAUGCAUUUGGUAUCAAAUCCGAAGGAAUUUAUCGAAGAAAUGGAAAAGUAUCGGAAGCCAAGAUAAUUCUCAAUAAAUUAUUGGAUGAUCCAGUUGGAACGCAUAUUAAAAAUGAGAAUAAUGAGACGGUUUAUGCGGUUGCUGAUGUUUUGAGACAGUUUUUUAGAAGAUUGGCUGAUCCGUUGGUGAGAUUUGAGGUGCAGAAGGAGUUGUUUGAGAUGGGUGAGUUUUUUGGGGCAACAAUUAUGGAAAUUUACCUAGCUGGGCUAAAAAUCGCUGAAAAUCUUGAUCUCCUGCUUCCAGAGCCAGAAACAAUGUAAAAUAAGCUCUGAAACUUCAAAAAUCCAGAUUUUGAGCUCCCAGAGCUGAAAAUGAGCAAAUUUUGACUCUGAAACCUCUGAAUUCUUCAUUUUAGGAUUCCAGGGCCGAAAAAUAUGUGAAAUAACCUCUGAAAUUUCAAAUAUCUUGAAAAUUGAAGUAUUUAUGCUCCGGAAGCUGGAAAUGCUCAAAAUCAGCGCUAAGACCUGGAAAAGCUUAAAAUUUCACUCUGCAACCUCAAAAUUGUUCAUUUUAGGCUUCCAGAGCUGAAAAUAACCGAAAAUUAGCUUCCGAACCUGAAAAUUCUCGAAAUUUCACUCUGACUCCUCAAAAAUUCUGAUUUCACUUCCAGAGCUGAAAAGUGCUCAAAAUCUGCACUCGCACUAGAUCUUGUAGGUACUAAAAUCCGAAAAUAGCUAUAUGUUUGCACAACUCGCUUAGCCUAGUGGUUAACACACGUGUCUGUCGAAAAUUCGACGAGGGUUCGAUUCCUCGCCGUGGCCUAUGAUUAGUAAGCAUUAAUUCUGGAUUCAGGCGAUCAAUUUAUGAUUGCCAAUGACUUUGAAGGCUUAGGCUUGUCUGAGGCCACUUUUUGAGGAAAAUUUGAUGGAAAUGGAAAUUUAAAGCUCAGGAUCAUGUUUUUAAGCAAAUUUGAGUUCAGAAGCUUGAAAAUUAAGGUUUUUGAGACUUGGAGCAUUUUUUCUGAUGAUUUUUAACCUAGAGAGUAUUAAAUUCAAAAUUUUGAGCGGAUAAAUGAGUUAUUGCUUAUUUUUAAUCUAGAGAUCAUUAAAAUUGAGAUUUUCAAGCGCAGAAGCAUGUCUAUGACCAAAUUUGACACCAGGACCAUGAAAAUUGCGAUUUUUGAGCCCAGGAGCAUGUUUAUGGUUGAAUUUGACCCCGGAAGCUCGAAAAUUGAGAUUUUCGAGCAACUUUGAGCGCAUAAUAAUACAGCAGCUUGAGAAUCGCAAAAUUCCCCAAUUUUCAGCCAGAAUCGACUCUCCCACCUCUGAAAAUCUCGAAGAAUACAGUCGAAUAAUCUCCAAACUUCCAAUAAUCCACCAAUCGACGCUCAAAAAAUUGAUUGCUCAUCUUAAAAAUGUUCACGAACACAUGGAGGAUAAUAAAGCGAGUGUUGAGAAUUUGGCAAAGGUUUGUGCACGGACAAAAAUUGUCACGUGUCAGAUUUUUUGCAGAUUUUCGGUGCAAGUCUAUUUUCGACCGAUUCGUCGCCUCAAAAUUUCACCGAGAAUUAUAACGAUCAAAUUAAUGUCAUUAGACAUUUUAUCAAUUUUUAUGAUCAGAUUUUCCAGGUAGGAUUUGUUUGGUCUUUUAAAAAAUCUGGAAUUUCUGAUUUUUACAUGUUUUUUCCCCAAAAUUCCUGUUAUUCUGAUGUAAAUUUGCUCAAAAUUCUCGAAAAAGCCUCAUUUUUCUUGCAGAUCAGCUCCCAAGAGGAAAUUUCGCGUCAACUUUUAAAAGAAGCCGAAAAGAAAACGAAAAAUAAUCAAAAAUUCGGAGCCGAAUUAAUGGUUCCAAUUCAUAUGUGGGAAAAGGAUAAUUUGCCAUUUAAUGUGAAAGUUGGAUUGGCUGGAGAAGAGGUGAGGAAAUUUUAGCUUUUGCUCUGAAAAAAUUGGUUUUCUUGAAAUUUUCCAGUCAUACAUGUUUUUCUUCCUGGAUCGACCCCUACAGUUAGCGAGACCUCAAAUAAAAAUUUUCAAAGUUAGUAAGACCGUUAGUGUGGGGGCAAAAGCCUCCCACACUAAAAAAAAAAUUUUUAUUUUUUUUUCGAAAAAAAUUGAAAAAUUUUGCAACACGUUUCCAGUAUGUGAACUCGAACCCUAUGGUAGCUACCAUUGGGUCCCUAACUCAGCGCUCUACCACUGCGCUAUGUGUGCCCACAUAACCCGCAUGCUGUUUUUCUCAUUUGAAUAGGAUGCGUUUGAGAGAUAGAAAAAACACAAACAGUAAAUUACAUUUUUGUAUUUUACAUUCAAUUAUUCAAAAAAUAUAGAAGAAAAUCAUGGAUUGAAUUGUAAAUUGAAAUACGAAUUCUUUAGACCUUAUACAACAAUAUAAAAGCUUAUAUUCAAUGAAUAAAUACGAUAAAAUACUUUUUUCCAUUCGAAAAUGUUGAAAAUUGGUUAUUACCAGAAAACUCAAAACCUAGAAAAGUAUGUCAAAAUUAAUAUUUUCACUUGAAAAUUUGCACAGUGUGUCUAGAGGUCCUAUUGAGGUAUAUUGAACUAUGAAAUUGAUAAAUAAUGCUGCAUGGGGAAAAUAGUUGAGACCACUGGAUUUUAUCCAGGGUUACCCUGGAUUUUAUCCAGAAUUUUAUAUAAGUGCCUGGCGGUCUCAGUAGACCUUUCAGAAAGGGCAUUUAUUCUGGAUAAUAAUUAAGAAUAGACCUUGUGGCAUAACCUAGAACGAUUUUCAGAUGCUAAAAUCAAUUUUGGUUUAACACUUUAUGAUGAUAGAAGUGGUGUAUUGAUGAAAAAAGUAGAUUUUCGAUAGAUUUUGGGCCGGCGGUCUCAGUAGACUUCUUAGAAAGGGGUUUUAUUUUGCAUAAUACCUAAGAGGGGACCUUGUAACAUAACCUAGAAUGAUUUUCAGAUACAAAAACCAAAUUUCGUUCAACACUUUAUGAUGAUAAAAGUGGUGUAUUGAUGAAAAAAGUAGAUUUUCGAUAGUUUUUGGGCCGGCGGUCUUACUAGAUCUUUCAGAAAAAGCAUUUAUUUUGGAUAAUGAGUAAGAGUGGACCUUGUGACAUAAUCUAGAGCAAUUUUGAAAUCGAAAAAUUAUUUCAUGUUCAAAACUUUAUGAUGAUAACUAAUUAAAAAAAUUUUCAAAAAAAUCGAUUUUCAAAAAAAGUUAGUAGGACCUCAAAUUUUUUUCGGAGUUAGUAAGACCGCAACCCUGGAUAAAUCCAGGGGUAAAACAUGUAUGUUUCCAGUUUUUUCUGAUUUUUUAAUGUUGAAAAAUGUGAUUUUCAGAGCAAUUUUUGGUUUCAAAAAAAUCCACGUAGAAUUUUAUUUUCAAUCUAAGAUCCACGUGGAUUCUGUAAAAUCUUGAAAUUUUUUUUCGAAUUUUUAAAAUGAAAAUUAUCAGGAAAAUCCACGAAAAAUUGAAUUUCUCAACAAAAAAAUCAUCCAGAAAUUUUUGCAUUUCAAAAAAAAAAUUUUUUUUAAUUCAUGAAAUUUUUUUCUGAAAAAAAUUAAGUUUGGAAAAUCCAUGUGGCCUAAGCCAAAAUUUCAAAACUUUAUUUCAAAAAAGUAUUUUUUUUUCAAAAUUUUUACAUGAAGCCUGAAUCCACGUGGAUUCGGUGAAAAAUCGGAUUUUUAGUGAAAAUUUUGAAGAAAUUUGAAUUUGCUUUUAAAAAAAGUCUGAACUUUUUGUGGUGGAUUCUAGAAAUCCAGAAAAUCAAUUUUGAAAAAUUGACCUUCAAAUCCUCAUUUUUUCCCGCAGGUCUGCCGCGAAGCAAUAGCGAAAAACAGUUUCGACGCUCCACGCACCGCCUCCUACUCAAUCUUCGAAAUUCUAUGCGAUGGUCAGAUUAGGCGUCGAAUUCCGGCCAGCGAAAAAUUGUCGAAAAUUGUGAUGAGAUGGAUUGGCUGGAAAUGCACCGACUCCUAUUUACUAUUCGAUCAUGAUAAAUAUCGAUUUGAUGGUGAUAAUACGGUAGGUGUUGGUAAUGGAGCGCGUUUGAUGGUUUGGCACGGGAAACCCCUUGUUUUUGAGCUAUAAUUUGUGAAUUUUGACCUGAAAUUGAAUUUUUGAGCAGAAAUUAGACCUGAAAGUCCCAGAAACUUGAAAAUUCAAUUUUUAACUAACAUACAUAAAAUAGGUCCCCCUAGUCAGUUUUUAAAGUUAGGGUCCCUCCUUGAAAAUUUUCUAAAGUUAAACACCUUCCUCACAUUUUUGAGCGAAUUUUGGACAAAUCUGGGAAUUUUGGUAAAUUAUCAGCAGAAAAUUGGCCAAGUUAGGGACCCUUCCCUUCAGAUUUUUGAAAAAAGUUAAACCCCUCACCCCGAUUCUGGGGACCCUUUCUAUGUAUGUUAAGUAAUGUUGAGCUCAGGUUAGCCUAGAAUUAAUUUCAGGUCAUUUUUAAGCUAAAAAUCAUGAAUUUUGAGUCUGAAAACCUCCCCGUGACAUAAAAUAAUUUCAGGUCAUUUUUUAGAGUCCUAAACCUCUUUUCCCCUCCAAACCACCUAAUUUCAGUCUUCUUUCACUGGAAAAGUAAAAAUGGCAGAACCCGGAUCAAAAAGUUUCAAAUCGUAUGAGAUGAAAAUUGAGAAAGGAGCAUCGGUAAGCCAGAAAAAAAACUAACUCGCGAAAAAUCCCCCGUUUUUUGCAGAUUUUGAUCUACCGUAACGAAAAGCUCUACAAAACGUGGCAAUUGGAUGAUGUGAUUUGGUUUGUCGGUGCUGAUUCCACUCGAAAACCACCCAAUCACUUCAACACAACUGCCAUUUUAAAGGGAGACGGUGGGGAGUACUGUAGCCGCCAACCGGGUUACUGUAUUUCGUUUCGAGAGGAAGAAGAGAGGACCAGGUGGUUGAAUGCGGUGAAUUAUGCUCAAACUGGUGGACAACCCGAGAACUUGGUUUUUAUUUAA